AUGGCCAAGCAAACGACAAUGGUAAUUAUAACAUCGGAUGAGAAUAUUAUUCGGCAAUUCGCUUCCAUCCGAGAUAAUAACACUUAUAUGGUUCCUCUGAAUGAUCCUACCGAUCAACAAAACACCACGAUGGAAGCCAACGCUCGAAAUGAUCAAGUUCCCAAACGUGCAAUCGAUACAACGGAUUCUCAUCCAACGAAAUCGGUUAAAACGAAAAAAAAAUCAUUGGAUCUUCUUUGUAUGAUCUGUGGUGAUCGUGCUAUUGGAUAUAAUUACGCAGUCCUUUCCUGUGCAUCGUGUAAAGCCUUUUUCCAUCGAAAUGGUCAAUAUGAUCUGAAAAGAUUCAAAUGUCUAAAUAAUCAUGGUCGCUGUGUGAUUGAUGUGAAAGAAAGUCGUAAAUGCUACCGAUGUCGAUUAGAACGUUGCUUAGCUAUAGGAAUGAGACAAGAUUUACUUAUAACUCAAAAGCAAAAAUCGCCAAGUUUUAAUAAAGUGUUAACUGAACAAGACUGGACAAAUGUUAAUAACAUUCAUUCCCUAUUCCUGUCCAGUAUCAGCAACUGUGAAGAUGAUCCUGAAUCUGAUUCUGUAUCGGCUGAAACAUCCGAAUUAAGCGACUGUUUGCAACUCAAUAAUGACAUUGCACUUCAAAUCAUCAGUUUCUGCCGUUCACUUGAUGAUUUUGAAAAAUUGCAUGCCGACGACCGUUUCGUUCUGAUAAAAUACAAUCUGAUUAUACUCCUCUGCAUCUCAACCUGUUGUAUAAUGACACAAACCGACGAUCGUUCAAAUUGGAACGAAAGCGAUGAAGACAAACAAUCGAUGUAUCUAUUAUGCAACCAAUCAGAAUUGAUUUAUCGAACAGUUACCAACGUUGGUGUGACCUUGAAAACCAUAAUUAAUCAAGACGAAGUUCUCUUAUCCCUUCUUCUUGUUAUUUCUCUUUUCUCGAAAGGUUUAUCUAUGAACGAGAAUGAACCGAUACUCAACGAUUCAUUAGCAGUGUAUCGAGUGCAGUCGUAUUACAUAAAGUUAUUAUGGGGCUAUUUGAUCGAAAAAUAUGGAGAAAGUAAAGCGUGCACAUAUUUUACACGAUUCCUGACGGCGAUCCUUCAGGCGCAGUCAGCAGCGAACCAAUUUCGAGAAUUUCUCGGUAAUCGAAUGAAAACAUUGGACGCCGUUGAUCAGAUCGCACCGUUAAUGCAAACAAUUCUACAUAUUUCUUAA